GCGUAGUAGCUUCCAAACAGCUGAUCCGUACGGUCGUGCUCCGCGCGUUUCGCAUCUCGAUUUACCCCCGGUGUUCUCAUCGCGUUGCUCCGCAGUCAGCUCCCUCGCGGAAAAACGGAAAUUCCUUGGGUUUUUCCGCCGUUCGCUCCUCAGACUCAGUGCUCUCUCGCGCUAUCUAUCGACAGUGUUGUGUCUCAGUGUUGUGAUCUUUGGAUUUCUCGAAUUUUGAACACUCGACGAGUCACGGACGCUCGCGAGUUUCGGAAUCCCCUCGACGUCGAAACAUGCAUUGUCCGCCGGCCCAGAAAGGCAAAGAGUUCGGGUGUGUGUGUUCGGGCGAUCUCAUGAAUUGUGACAUUGUGGUCGAAGGCAUCCUCCUAAAAGAACGACAUCUGACGGACGUGUAUGUGUUCUCAUAAACUUCGGGCGAUCCCGUCUCCGCCGCCGCGUCCAAGCGAACUGUGAUUUCCUCUCUUUGUGUGUUGUUCGGUGCCCCGGAAGAGCGCCUUUUCUGUUCUGUUCUCAAGUGUUUUUUGUUUGUUUGUGAAUUCUCGAGAUGUCGACCGGUAAGAGGUUGGCCAAGCGCUCCAUCAUCGGGACCCGGGUUUGCGCCCCGGGCGAGGACGGGAAGUUCUACGCGGGCGUCAUCCACGCCGUCAAGACGCCGGCCGUCUCCGUCCUGGGUGACGUGAGCGGGUCCAACGCCGAGACCCGCUACUCGGUGCGUUUCGACGCCGAUAGGAAGACCGGUACCGUGUGUCGCCGCGAGUAUCGGGACGUGGAACUCAUCGGACCCGGCUUCCAGAGCAUCUCCAACUUCCACUUGGUCCCCGGUCAGAAAGUCUUCCUGACCUUCAAUGGCCGUGAGAUCUGCGGCGAGGUGGUCGAGCACAAGCCGCAGAUCGACGAAGUCACCAUCUCCGUUCAGCCGCAAGGUCAUGAGGGAACUUUGGAGUUGAAGAAAAAACUGGAAGAGAUCCGACUUCUGGAAUCUCGAAAAUCGGCGCGGCUCAUGGACCAGGACACCGAUUUCGCUCGGCUUGCCGACAUGGCCGGCGAUCGCAAGCGGUCCUCUUCGCAUUCCAUCGACGUUCCCUCCGUAUACGGGUCAAGAAAGCGAAGAACCCACGUGGGUGUUCAAGAGGAUAUGAAUGAAUGUACCGCAGCUUUGGUCCUAAUGAGCCUAUCUUGCAGCCCGCACUCUCCCAGCUAUGGAAUGGGUUGGGAGCCUCUGUCGCCGAGCCCAAGUCACAGCGAUGGGUUCUCAUGGCGAAGUGCGACCCCAUCCCCGCCUCUGAGCGAGGGAGAACAGAACGCCUGGACUCCCCCGCAAAGUUCCAGCCUUGAUGAAGGCAUCGUCCUCGAUGACGAAUUCGAUGAUUUACCAAAAAGAAAAAAGGUCUGUGGAUCCCCCACAACCUGCAAAACUCUAGUCCCUGUCACCGCAGGAGAAAAUGUAAGUUCAACUCCUGCGAGCCGUGUUGUGUUCCAGUGCACUUGGCCCGGAUGUCUUGCGGUUACUGCCACUUGCCAGGCAAUUGAAACUCACGUUCGUCAAACACAUUUAGGGCCAAAGACGGGAACGUCGGUGGACGGCGAUUACGAUCUUGACGAUCACGAAGAGGAGUUCUACUACACAGAGGUGGAAGUGCAGCAGUCCCCGCCGCCAACCCUAUCUCACCGGGACAUGGCUCGACCGCCCCACGAGGACCCCGAGUACCAGAGGGCCAUCCAAUCCCAUCACAACUACGCCAGCCCGAUCAGCAUACCUUAUUCCAAUGGACACGUCGCUUGGUCCUUCUCUAAUACGUCACCGAAUUCAGUGCAAAAGCACAUGAAGCUCUCGUACUCAGCAUUACCAGCCAAACUGCUGCCCACCAGCCCUACUCGAAAAGUUCGUGGUGAAACAAAGAAAUGCCGCAAAGUUUAUGGCAUGGAGCAUCGAGAAUUGUGGUGCACGCAAUGCAAAUGGAAAAAAGCUUGCACCAGGUUUAGUGACUAAAUCCAAGGCAAUCAAUCAAAUCCAAAAAUAAGACAUAUAAAUCAUUUAUAAUAUAUUUACAGUUUACAAUAUAUUUAUAAUUUAUGUUAUAUUUUUAAAAAUUUUAUUUCAAAUUUUUAUUAUAUUUUUUAAAAAAAAAAGAUGAAAUUUUCUAUGAGUGACUAAGAUAUAUCCCCUCUAAAUGAAACAAAAACAGAUAAGUUUAAGGUUUUAUUCCUCUAUUUUUAUUUUUAUUGACUUUUGAAGUUAAAAUCGUAUUUUUGAACAUGUUUGAUGCGUUGUUUUUCUUUUCGAGAGUUGUUAUCGAAAGUGUUUUCGUACUUUACAUGAAAGUAUCGUGCAUUGUAUCCGCUAGUUGGGUCAAGAACCUUGCAUUUUGACAAUGAAAUUAAAUUGAAAAAUUUCUAUGCAAUAAUCUUUUUGUUUUGUAAUCAUUGUUAACAUUUUUUCCCCCAUUUCGAACAACAUUGUUCUAAUAAAAUCAUUCAUAUUCCAUUUGUCAGCAAUGUACCUAACAAGAAUUCAAGAGAAUCCGUGAAACUCAUACCCAUCACUCAUGGUACUUGUUAAUUGUACCAGAAUGAUCGACUGUCUACUGGUCAUUACAGUUAAACAUGCAGGUGUAUGAAGAAACAUAAUUCAAGUUUUCACUGAAGUCUCGAUGCUUAUUAAUGUGAUAUAGGUACUAUAUUUGCAAACCACAAAAAUUAUUUUGUUAAUGAUAUAUUAUUUCAUCAUGUUCUAAUUUGAUUUUUUAAGUACUUCAAAGCAAACAUUGUCUGCUCUUGUGAUAAAAGUCGAUAAAAAAACAUAAUUAAAUCGUUCUUAAGGUGAUUUAGAAACUUACCUACCUUUCUGUAUGAUUUAUUCCCUCCUUAAUUUUUACUUUUUGUAUAAAACUUAAUCACUAAUUUUAUGAAAAAAAUUUCGAUAAAAGCGAUACAAUUUUGUAUUUA